ACUUGCAGAAUUUCUUUCUUGCCAGCUACAAUAUUAAGUAUGGCUGUUCGAUAUACAUACACAUUACGAGACGAACGAUUAAUGUGGGAAUACGUCUUUGAGAGACUGCAAGAUGGAGACGAAGUUGCUUAUCAACCAAAGGGUCUAAAGUUAUGGAAAGAUUUUGAAGCCACUCAGAAAACUAACAAAACAGCCUCAUCGCUUGCUACACAUUUUCGUAAAACAAUGUAUGAUCAUAUCGAAGAAGCCAAGAUAUCGCUGGAGCAACAAUUAUACAUCGCAAGUCAACUUAACCUAAAGCUCUCAAGGCUACAGCAAAAAAAAAUCGAAUACAAAGAAAACGUUUCAAUCAACGUAGAUGAAUACGGCGUCGUGACUUCAUAUGAAAAAGAAGGUAAACGAUACCUUCCCUCCCUGCUCAAAAAAAGAAUGCUAUGCGAAGACGAUAAUAUAAAUGAUGAACUAGGUUACGACGCAUUUGAGCUAAAUGGAUCUGUGCCAAAAAUCGCGAAACUCUCACGAAGCGUAGACAGAAGUCCUAUAUCAGUGGCAUGCUCAAGGCGUUACAAUCUGCGAAAGCGACUGAACGGAAACAAUAACUCACUUAAAAUUCAUAAUUUAGAUGAAGCGGAAACUGUGGACUUGGUGAAGGAUAAUAAUGAUCUCGAUGACAACCGAAAUGAUGGCGGUAACCAAAAUGAGAUAUUCCACGUUAGGCGGGUGUUGGAUGACGAGAAGGAAAAAAGAAUUGAACAAAGGAAAAUAUGCGAGAAUGCCGAAGGAAGCAUAUGUGAAAAACAGUUAUCUUCGAACGAAAUUAAUGAUCAGGAAAUGUGCAAAAGCAGAAAGGCGCUCCGCGUUGCAGAUGAAUUUCAUAGUGAUUCAAAAGAAAGUGAAGUGACUAUGUCUUGCUCCAAGAAUGAAAUUGGUAACUUCCGUUGCGAAGUGUCAGGAAAUCAGGUUGAAUAUAUAGUUACUGAGUCAGAAUCCGGUAUGAGUCAGUGCACAGAAUUUGCCAAUAACACAAAGAGUUUGGCCAUAGAUAAUGAUCAGUUUGGUGUGAAAAUAAUAUCGAAUGAAAUCUCGAAAACUGUUACGGGCAAUAGUGCAUCAAUAUCAACUGUAGCUCUUGCGCAGGAAAAACAAGAAGUGCUAGCCUUCGAAAAUAUUAUUGAUGAGGAACUGAAGCAGCUGCUUACUUAUAUUCUAAACAAGCGACAGCUCAAGGGUGUUGAGAAAAUGAAAACGGAGAAAAUAUUGGAAUUACGCGCUGAAGAAGCCAAACGACUUGGAAUUGGUUUGAGGAGCUAUCUUAGAAAAAUGCAGAUGUUUUAGAGUGGGAUAGAUUCUCGCUCAGUUAUAAUGUGCUACUUUUUGUUUACUGUAUUCCUGUUUUAAUUUCUUGUAUUUUUGGCAGCUGUUAGUUGUGUAAUUAUUGCCAGUCACCAUUCUUCAUUUAUAAGAUCCGCAUAUUCGUAACUUGAAAG